AGACCGCGAGCAUCGCUCCUUCUUUUAUUUACCCUUUCUCUCGACACUUGGACUUGACAGUAGCUCUGACGAAACAGGCGAAUGGUCUAACGCUGGUUUCGUUAGAGUGUAAACUCCUCCCUCGUUUCUCAGACAAACAAGCCCCUUCCAACCGCCAUGGUCUCAUGGAUCAUCUCUAGAUUAGUCGUGCUGAUUUUUGGCACACUUUAUCCAGCGUAUUCAUCUUACAAGGCUGUGAAAACAAAGAAUGUCAAAGAAUAUGUAAAAUGGAUGAUGUACUGGAUCAUAUUUGCAUUGUUCACCACAGCAGAAACCUUCACAGAUCUGUUUCUUUCCUGGUUUCCAUUUUAUUAUGAACUUAAAAUUGCUUUUGUUAUUUGGCUGCUCUCGCCUUACACAAAAGGUUCCAGUGUUCUCUACAGGAAGUUUGUACAUCCAACUCUCUCUUCCAAAGAGCAGGAGAUUGAUGACUAUUUGAGCCAAGCCAAGGAUCGAAGCUAUGAAGCUGUGGUGCAGUUUGGUAGGCGUGGACUGAAUGUGGCAGCAACUGCUGCUGUCACAGCUGCUGCCAAGGGACAAGGAGCUCUCUCAGAAAGGCUAAGAAGCUUCAGCAUGCAGGAUCUGACAACAAUUCGAGGGGAAACUAUUGAUGAACAGAUGAGCAAUGUGCAGCCUCAAGCCCAGAGCCCACUGAGGAACAUCACAGAGACAGUUGAUAACUCAGGUGAUGAAGUCAAUAUUGAUCAGGGUCCAAGGUCAGAUGACGAGCAAAAUAAGAAAAAAUCAGUUGAGGAUUCUGAUGAUGAGAUAACAGGAGCUGUGCUCAAACGCCCCCAUAAACCACAUAGAAAAAAGGUGGAACGUUCUGAGGUAGAGCCAAGACACCCUAAGCCCCCUCCCAGAAAGAGAAGUACCACAAUCUGCACCAGUGAAUUCAUGUGACAGUGAAGCCAGAGUCAUCAGAAUAUAGUCACCUGGAUUCAACCUUUAGUUUUACUGUCCUGCCUUCACGAGCCAAGCAAUGUGUGACACACUGGGAACCAUGAAGAAACCACUGCCUGGGAAGUGCUUCACGUUUUCCACAGAUGCCUUCAGCGCCUACUUAUAAGUAUAUUCUGCAUCAAAAUAUGUUUUAUUUUCUUUGUUUGCACUACACACCGUGAUGAAACAAAGUUCAGAGUGAGGCUGAAUUGAAACGUUUGCGAGUCCAGCGUGUUUUCAUUUUUUUUUGUGUGACAACAUUCCAGCACUUCUGUAGUACUUAACAAUUGGAAUUAGUUCCUUUGCUUCGGAACAGUCUAGGAUAAAAUGUUUUCAGAGCUUUCAGCUAUUAUUUAUGUACACAGGACUAUCUGCUCUAUUAUAUGCAGGUUUACCUAUUAUAUCAUACACAAGUACAUCUGUAAUUCAGUAUAUAGGCAAGUAGGCUACUUUGUUCACAGAUAUGUCUAUUACACUGCAGACAGACAUGUAUUAUGCAGUGCAAAAGUGUAUCUGAUCUAAUGUACAUGUUUAUAAAUGUUGCAUAAAACACAGGUAUCUAUUAUGAAGUGUGUGCAGUGUAUCUGUUGCAUUGUACACAGGUAUGCCUUUUGUACUGUAUACAGGUAUAUCCACUGUAUUGUGCUCAGGUAUAUCUGUUGUAGUUGAGUUAGAUGUAUUUGUUGGCUAAAUUAAAACUCAUAAGCACACUGUGCACAAAAUUAAGGCAGUAAAGCUGACAAGGCUAUCAGGAUUAUGUUUCUUUUCAGGUUGAACCUUUUGUGAUUCUUGUACUGUUGACAAUGACAGUAAAGAUGCUAAAUUAGCACCAAAAUACAAAUCACAGCAGAUUUUAUGUUUACUCCUGGAACUGCGUUCCCUAUUCACUGCUGGGUAAUAAUCAUACAACAGAAUCCAUUCUGAAACCUAACGAAUCGCCUUCCUCUCUCAACUCUCUUAUCAUGUUCCCUCACGUCACAUUUGCUAAAUAGCAGUCAGGAUUCAUCAUUUAUUAAGAGGAUUACAUGGCCAAGUACUGAUUUUUAUUUUGAGAUGGCAAGGAAGAAGUGAAUCAAGAAUGAAAUAAUUUGGGAACAUAGGAUUAGGCCAUUCAAUCACUCAAGCCUGUUCUAACAUUCAGUUACAUCAUGGCAGAUCUGUACUUCAACUCUACUUAUCCACAUCUUUCAAUUGCAGUUUUGAGAUUUAACGUACUCCUUCCAUUUGAAGUCUGAUCAGAGUUUGCAAUGUUUAUGAUUAAAAAGUUUAGCUGAACAGGGAGGGGGGGGGGGCGCUAUUGGAACAUUAGUGCACAAACAACAAAGUAAUGGAAUAAUGCAGGUGAUCCCUAAUUUUUGAGUGUCAGACAUUUCAUAUUUAUAAUUGUUCAUAUUCCUGCAGGAAUAUUUAGAAUACCAUGUAGAUAGCUUUGUUUUCAAAUCAAAAACAGACCACAACAGACUCUCCUGUUUGUUUCUCUUGGUGAAAAUAAGCAGGUGCGGUUACAGGAAUAUGGGUGAGCUGAAUAUGAUUGUCCUGCUGUAACCAUUUCCCUGUAAUCAGAUAGUUUCUGUAUAAAAUUUGCUGAUGUUUGUAAUAUCUCAAGAGCCUCUUUGAAUCACACUGCUAGUGUCAACUAGUGUUGUUAGGAAUUAAGGAAGAAGUAUCAUAAUCACAGUCUAAACAUUUCAAACACCAUUAUGUACAAAAGUCUCAUCAACUCCGUUUCAAACAGGUUAGCAUCUCUAUUGAAAUAGACAUAAGAAUUUGACAAAUUCUUGUUCAUUAAUAUGAUAGUAGCAUAUUGAACAAUAAAUAUAUAAUCCUUGGAAUUUUGUGACUAUUCAAUAAAAUGUAUGUCCUCUCCCUUUACCUUCCCUCUUCCUUUAUGACGUGCAAUGUUCUUCUGAGCCUGAGUUAGAAGGUUGUGGAUUCCUGUCCUGUAUCAGGGUCUUGAACAGAGAAUCCAGACUGAUGCUGUAUUAGAAUAAUGAGUGAAUGGUGCAUUACUGGAGGUUCUAUCUUCUGAAUCAGAGGCCCAAGGUGGGAUUUAAUAGGGCAGUGGUCAGUCCAUUCACAAGCUGAAAAAUGUGGGUAGGGCUGCCCCAAGUGGUUUUGGAAACACCAAUUGCAAUUUUCGAGUACCCUGUUUUGGGGGUUGAGUAUAUGUGCCACUGAGAGAGAUUCUAGUCAUCGCUGGUACUGCAAGUCUGCAGUGAAGAGUCGUCAACUUUUGAUUAGAACAUUCGUAAAGUUUUCAUCAUGUGACCUUUUCCAAUAUUUCUAUAACUGACAUACAAAUGAUGAAGAUUUUUUGUUCCUCUGGGUCAUUGCUUAGAGUAGUGUUCAGGAUUAAUCUUCAUGGCAGUCAAUCCUAUGGAGGAGGCUCAAUACAAUGCUUGACUCCAAGGUGCUUCUCCAGGAAGGAUCCCAAUAGUUUGUUCACUUCACUGGUAAAAUACCAGUGGCAGAGGACAGUAACAGGUACACUAGCCUUUGAUAUCCCAAUCUAAUUUUAUGUCUCAUAAGAUGUCAGGUGAACCAGAUUUAAAAGGGAAAGAAAGUUUGGGUAAGGGUGGACGGCUAUGAAUGUAUCAAAACUCAAUUUGAAGCCAAGUCAGGUUGUUUUUCAGGUUCAAGCCUUGUUGGAAAGGACUCAGUUGGGAUUCCCAGGUGAAACCCAAAUUAUGGCAGGCUAGGAACUUGAGGACUGUAAUUGUUUGAGACUACAGGUAGUGGCAUUGUGUUGCAGAUGGUUUAUUUAAUAUACUGUAGUCCAUAAGCUUUGAACAUGGAGAAGUUAUCAAAUCUUCUUUAAAUUUAAUAAACUUCAAAACAACUUCAGUUUGCAUUGAUGAUUACAUACCCUCCCAAGUAAUUGUGACAUUAUUAAAACAAUUCUUUGAACAAAACUGCUUUUAUAUGUUGCAUGUUUUCCAUCGAUGUAUUUUAAAUACUCAAUUGUGUGGCUCAAAGUAAAUGAGUAGUUAAGGUUUGUACUAGUGUCUCGGGUUUCUUGUUUGGUAAUGUGUUUAGUCGACAGACAUUCCCUUUAAUAUGUAGACUGCUAUUUAACUAGCAUUUCUUGCUUGUGAUGAAUCUUGUGUAGUUUAGUAUCCCUUAAUUAGUCACUUUAGCAAUUUAGUGUUACCUUUUGGACAGGUUGAUGUCUUCCAAUGAAACAUUAAAUUAACCUCAUCUCGCCCUCUCUGAUAUGAUAUAAAAGAUCCUACACUAUGGUUAGUAGCUAGGGCACAAAUGUUUGCCAUGGUGUCCUGGCCAAUAUUUAUCCUUCAAUCAAUAUCUGAAAAUACUCUAUCUGGGUGCUGUAUGAGGGACCUUGCUGUGUGCAAAUUAGCUGCUGCAUUUCUUACAUUACAACAGUGAACACGCUUCAAAGGGCGCUUUGUUCACUGUAAACCUCUUUCAGACCUACAGAGGGUAUGAGAAGCACUAUUUAGAUACAAAUCUAUAUUUAUUAUCCAUGUCAAAUUAGAAACUGCAUCAAGUUUAUUCUAUAGCAAUGAUCCAGCACAAAAGUCUUCAAACUAUAUCACUCCUAACACUGAAUGGAACAUAAAUUACUCUUUGCAGACUAUGAAUCUUUUGUCUUACCUACAAUCAUCACUUUCUACAUCAGUUGAUUUGUGCAUAUCGAAAACAAAUAUAUUCAGAGCAAACUUUUUUGUUGCUAACUGAAAUCUGCAUGACUUUUAACUUUGCUGUUUUUUUUCCAAAUUGGGAAACCCAGGUGAAUGUCGAAACUAAGGCUGAAGAGAGUAGAAGAGAUGAUUGGAAGCAUAAAGGUGUAGCUUUAGGCUUGGAUUUCCUAGAAUGUACUUGUGGAAUUAUUUUGUCCAGUGCUGCUGACCCCCUUAACUGAUUUAGUUUUUCCAACUAACACUGCCAAUAUAGUAGAACCAUAUGUCAAUCAUUUUGAGCCACUAAGGGGCAAUAUUGCUUAAAUGGUAAGGAAUGAAGUGGAAACUGCAUUAUAAAUUCAAUAAAACAGCAUUUAUUGUCCAUCCUUAACUGGCAUUGAAGGAUACUACUUGGGGAUGGACAAUAAAUGCUGACCUAGCCAGCAAUGCCCACAAUGCAUAAUUGAUUUUUUUUAAAAAGUUAGCUCGUGACACCAUUUGGUACGGGGGACAUUCUCUUAACCAUAUGUAGGGACUCUCAAAAUAAUUCCCUAAACAUUGUCCCUUUUUGGAAUUGUUCAACUGAAUUUUGGUGUUUGUAACUUUCCACCCAAAUACCACGGUGAGCGGCUGUUCAGUAGUGAUAAAUUUCUUUGCUUCUGGUGAAUACUAACGAGUGUCAGGAAGUCUUGUUUAUUUCUAUUGGGAUAACUUAACUUGUUUUAAGUCAUUGAGUAAGACACAAUGGUCAGGACUUUGUUCUUGUGAACAGAGCAAGCAAUCCUGGAAAAUAACUUUAAGAAGGUGGUAAGGCUGAAUAUGCAUGCAAGUAGAAUUAGUUUGGAAAAUGAAAUGUGCCGAAGAAAUGUGUAUUUUAGCCAGAAAUGUCAUAAAACAUCACCUUUCAUAUUUAAAAAUCAUUUCGUACUUACGCAUCCACAAUGUGUCUUAUAGAUCUUUUCUAAAGCUUGUCUGAAUAAACUAGAUUUAUUGGAGGUUUACUGGAUUUUAAACAGUACAGUGAAUUGAUAAUCUCAUUAUGACUCCAACUUCCCUUUUCCCAGCCUUUAUUAGGCUAUUGAGAUUUAAAUUCCUCAGUGUCCCAAGCUCAGAUGGUAUGGUAGAAUAGAGAGGCCAAAAGGUUUACAGACUAUCCUCUGUCCUCAUCAGAAUAUAUAAAUUGAGCUGGAGACACCUAUCAGGUGCUGAGGAAUUUCAAAAACUUGCCAAAGCCCAGGAGCAAGGGUAAGAGAGUGGGUGUGAAGGAGGAUUAGUAGGUCAGAGAGACAGUGUGUGAAUCUGUCGUGGUCUAUAAUGUUAUAGAGUAAUCCUGCUCUGUCCAACUCAAAAAAAUCUAAUAAAUUUUGAAACCUUUUUAGAAGGAUUUUAGCCCUUAGGAAGGGAUGUUGGGCUCCAAAAGAUACGAAAAUCCAAAUUAGAUCUUAAUUAUCACAAGUUUCAAACUUGAGAAUACAAAACUUAAAUCCAGGUCUGGAGUAAGCACCACAACCUCAUGUCACCAUUAAAAUAAGGUCUCUAACUAAUUUUAGAUGGCUUCCAAGCUCAUCUAUAAAACACCGUGACAAAUUUAGUAGAUACCUGUGUAGACUGUCUGUGUGGAGUAAUGUCUCCCCGUGUCUGUGUGGGUUUCCUCUGGGUGCUCCGGUUUCCUCCCACAGGCCAAAGAUGUGCAGAUAAGGUGAAUUGGCCAUGCUAAAUUGCCCAUAGUGUUAGGUCAGUUAGUCAGAGGAAAAUGGGUCUGGGUGGGUUACUCUUCAGAGGGGUGGUGUGGACUGGUUGGGCCGAAGGCCUGUUUCCACACUGUAGGGAAUCUAAUUUAAUGGGGCGGCACGGUGGCUCAGUGGUUAGCAAUGCUGCCUCACAUCACCAGAGUCCCAGGUUCGAUUCUUGCAUCGGGUGACUGUGUGUGUGGAGUUUGCACAUUCUCCCACUGUCUGCGUGGGUUUCCUCCAGGUGCACCGGUUUCCUCCCACAGUCCAAAGAUGUGCGGAUUAGGUGAAUUGGCCAUGCUAAAUUGAGCAUAGUAUUAGUUGUCCCAUUAGUCAGAGGGAAAUUGGUCUGGGUGGGUUACUCUUCAGAGGGAUGGUGUGGACUGGGCCAAAGGGCCGGUUUCCACACUAUAGGGAAUCUAAUCUAACCUACUUGAACUCCCAGACAGAUCUGUCAGGGUCUUCUGCAAUGUUAAAAAUUGUUUAUUGUUGCACCCUUUUUCAUAUAAUGGGUAUUAGAUUCCAUUGCUCCCUAACUCUGCAUUUUGGUCCAUUGGGUUAUUGCUGGAAGUAGCAGAAUUCUGCUAAUGGGGCAAUGAGUAAUCCCACUAUCCUUCAUUUGAUGCCAGAUUAGAUCAAAAGAUGCUGAUACUAGAUAAAGUGAACACAGAAGAUGGGUCUGAAAUUACAAUUUUACAAGCUACAUUGUCAAAAUAUUAAACAAAUUCUUGGAAGCGUAUGGUAGAAUAGCAGGUAUGAACCAUAGUUGCUAGCUCCAGUGUAAAUCAAACAAUUGCACAGUCAUGUGACGAGAUAAAAAUAGACUCCUUCUGUUUUUAAAUUUGUAAGCUUAACAUGAGGCAUAAUAGAAUUAAUCAAGAAUACGUUACACUAUCUUUUCAAAGUUAGGAUUUAAAAUGACAUUUUUAAUGGAUGAAAAUCACCAAAGUAAACACAAAAGUUUCCUUGAGUAAAAAAUGAGGUCUGCAGAUGCUGGAGAUCACCGCUGAAAAUGUGUUGCUGGUCAAAGCACAG